GAUUGACCUCACGCAACCAACACGUGUGGAAGUACAUCUUAUGAUCGCUCGUAUAAUCUAUAAAAACAACGCUAUUUACAACAAAAAGACAUGAUUUGAAUGUUCACGUAUAAUUUUGACGAUAAUGGCUCUCUUUACUAUAAACAGGUAUAUGGGAGAAGAGACGGAUAGUCAGUUGUCACCAGAUAUCCUAUUAUCGAAAUUACAUCAGAAAGCAGAGCAGAGAAAAUCACAAAAGUUAAAAAGACAAUCAACUGAAAAAACUAUCCAUCUAGAAAAAAAAGAAGUGUGUGUCUUGGAUGAUGUAUCUGGAGAAAAAAGUAAUGAUAAAAAGAAGUUAAAAAGGAGACAAAAGGAAAAGGGUGGUGAUGAUGGUGAAAUCAAUGAAGAGUGUGAUAUUUCUGGAGAUGAUGUCUUGGUGUCUCCGCAUAAAAAACAGAAAAUAGCAUCACAUAAGAAACAUGACAUUUCUGAUGGCUUUAAAACUGUGGAUACUAUCAAAAUCCAAAAAACUGCAAAAAAGAGAGAAAAAAAGUUGCAAACCCAAGAUGUGAUUGAUGCCAGUAUUGAAAAAGAUGAGACAGCAAUAAACAAUGUCACAAUUAAUGAAGAUGGAGAUAUAGAAGAAGACAAACUGAAUGUCAAUAAAAUUGAUAAGAAAAAAAGGAAAAAAAAGAAAAAAUUCCAAACAAUAGAAACUGAAAUAUCAAAGGUAGAUAGAAAUGAAGUGGUGGAGAAGCCAACAGAAAAACACAAAAAGAAGAAAACUGUCACUGAAAAGGAAUGCAAAAAAGAUGAACUGUCUGUUGUUCAUGACGAUGAUGAUGAUGAUGAUGAUGAUGAUGAUGAUGAUAAGGAAGGUGAUGAAAAAGAGGGUAGUCAGGAUGAUGUUACAGACAAAUCAGGUUUCGUCAUCCUUGGUGACAUUGAGAAUCAACAAGAGGAGAAAGUGCACAGAGUCCUGCCUGAUUGGUUGGCAAAUCCUUCAAUUAUUGACAAUGACAUAAGUAAAAAUACAACCAGUGUAGAUGAGUUGUCAGGAUUGAAUCAGAAAAUAGUGAGCCGACUAAAAGAAGGUGGAAUCACACAUUUCUUUCCAGUUCAGAGUCAGGUGAUACCAGCGGUGUUACACAGCAUAAAACAUGGCAUCCAUACUGGUAUUGGAGGCUAUCGUCCAAAUGAUUUAUGUGUAUCUGCUCCGACUGGUAGUGGUAAAACUUUGGCAUUUGUUAUUCCUAUUAUUCAAGCAUUACUGAAUCGUGUAGUGUGUCGUGUACGAGCAUUAGUUGUAUUACCAACCAGAGAUCUAGCCACGCAGAUACAUGAAGUGUUCACAUAUUACAGCCAAGGAACCGGACUCAAAGUGGCACUCAUUGCUGGACAUGGAACAUUUCUACAAGAACAAGCAUCAUUACUUAGGGAAAGUGACAACAUUAGUCUUGCUGACAUCGUCAUUUCAACACCAGGCAGACUUGUUGAUCAUAUCAAUAAAACUCAAGGAUUUACAUUGCAGUAUUUGAGAUUUUUGCUUCAGAAACUACUGUUCUCUGCGACUCUCUCCCAGAAUCCUGAAAAAUUAGUGCGGUUGAAUCUCUUCCGCCCAAAACUAUUUACAUCAGUUGUCAAGGGAACAACAACUGCAGACACCACUGGCACAAGUCCUGGAGAUUUUGUUGGUAAAUUCACCACACCUGCUGGUUUGAAAAAAAGCAACCUAACACCUACACUUCUGCUCUUUUGUAGUUUAAUAUGUUCUGACGCCAUGGCUAGAGGCAUGGACAUUGUAGAAGCAAAUGCCGUAAUUUGUUAUGACGUACCACCAUUUAUUAAGACCUAUAUUCAUCGUAUUGGUAGAACCGCAAGAGGUGACAGACAAGGCACUGCGUAUACUCUGGUUUUGGACAAACAGAAAAAGAAAUUCACUGCAAUGCUCAGAGAAGCUGGCAAAGAGAACUGUGAGUGGAUGAAAGUAAAACGCAAAUUAUUAGAAACGCUAACAGAAAGCUAUGAAAAUGCUUUGCAACAGUUGCCAGCUAUCUUAGAGGAAGAAAGACAGAAAAAAACUAACAGUAGGAAAAAAGUGAAAAUGGGAAAACCAAGAAAUAAAAAAAUUGACUUCUGUUCACCAAAGUUAUUUGAUGGGGAAAUGGUGAAAAGAGCCAGAAAACGCCUUGAGAAACCUUCAUAUGCCAUGCAGAUUCCUACUGCCAAACCAGUCAAAUGGUGGGGACCAUAG